AAAAGGAGGCUUAGAAUUGCAUGAGCAAUCCAAAAACACUUACAUCUUUAUUCUCUCAGAUGAAAAGGAAAAAGAUAGAAUUUUGCGUGACUCUCCUUGGUUUGUUAAAGGUUCUCAUCUUAUUCUCAAGGAAUAGCCUGUCUCACAGCGUUUCGAAGAAAUCAGUUUCACAUACUGUGAGUUCUGGGUGGAAGUUCAUGGCCUACCUACCGAAAGGAUGCAUGACUCAAGAGAAUGUCUUGCUGGUUGGUUCACUUUUCUCUCGGCUAAUUUCAUGGGAUAAGUCUUCUCUAGGUGGUUUAGAGAGUUUCCUUCGUUUAAGAGUUGAAAUUGAUGUUCAUGUCCCUCUCACAUCGGGAUUUCAAUUUAAGCAACAAGGAGAUGAAGUGUGCUUUGUUGAAUUUAAGCAUGAGAAACUUGUGGACUUUUGUUAUAGGCCACAAUAUGGUCCUCAGUUGAGGGCAGCAGCUUAUACACCAAGACACCAUUUUGGCGUGCUCCGUGAAGAUAAGAAGCCUCACAAGCCACAUGCUGAAGUUCCGGCACAAAAAGGAGCUGGCUUACUUGAGGAAAAUCUUCUCGGUUCUAUAAAAGUAACAGAACAGAGUCUGGUUUUCUCCAAGGCCGACAUUUCAAAGAAGCAGUGCGACGUACAGGUUGAAGAUGAUCAUGCGCAGGACUAGCUGUUGUUGCCACACGAAGAUGAACACGUGCAGGACCAGCUGUUGCUACCAUAGUUGGGUGCAUUAAAUGAGAGUAUUCUCC